CCCGUCACUGUCUAUUGCAUUCCUUCUGUAUGCGCCUUUCACCGAGGGGACAUUGAAUUCAGUCUAACUAGUGCCGUAAUCGUUCUAAAUUCGUGCAAACUCUUCUAACGCCACAUCACGGUCAAGCCGACUGCUUUCGAACAGACAAAGCCUGUCGAAUCUGCGUAACGUGGGUUAUUCACUGUCGUCACGAUUAUGCGUCGACCAAUCAGCAACGCGCUUGCCGUCUUGGGUGUGAGCUAUGGGAUUUAGUACCGACAGCCUAACCAACACCCCCCAUGAGAUCGCAGCUACUGUCGCGUAGAUCCGAACGUGUGAGCUCCGCGGUAGGCUGACAGUGCUAGCAAACCGUUGUGCUCAUAGUGGGCACGGCUAGGUAUAAUACCCAGCCGUGCGGUCCUGCGUAACCAAACACGCGACUUACUCCAACCCAUUGUUGUGCCGUCCUCCCUUGCAUCGAAGGUCACUCACAAUGGUUUCUCACAACUCUAACGAAUUUGUCCACGAGGACGAGAAGAAGGGCUCACUCUCUCACCCUGAUGGCGGUGUUCAGGUCCCCAUCUACAAUGACGUAGAGGCAGCUUCCUCUGAGGAUCUGUCGAUAGGCGCGAUCCUUCGCGGAACCGCGGCAAAGCCUAUGAACACUUUCGAAAAGAAGGCUGCUCUCAUCAAUGUUGAACUCGACAAGUUUGGUCUGGGCAGAUAUCAGAUCUGCAUCUGGUUUCUCUGUGGUUUCGGUUACUUCCUGGAUCUCGCCUGGUCGCAGGGUGUUGGUCUUGCGUCUACCGCAAUUUACCAGGAGAUGGGUGUUGCUGACAGCGACACUGGUAUCAUCUUCACCUGCGCCAAUGCCGGUCUCGCUAUUGGUGCGCUCGGUUUCGGUCUUGCAGUCGACAUCAUUGGCAGGAAGUGGGCCUUCAACCUGACUUGUUUGAUCACUUCAAUUUUUGGGCUUCUCUUGGCCGCUCCCAAGUACAAUUAUGCUGCCAUUUGCGGUAUCUACUUUCUCGCUUCUCUUGGUCUUGGAGGUAAUAUCCCUAUCGAUGCCACCAUUGCCCUCGAGUUCUUGCCCCAGAAGCGCCGCUACUUUGUCGCCCUCCUCUCCAUGUGGCAGCCGAUCGGUGUCGUUUUCGCAUCUGCUGUCGCUUUGGGUACCACCGCUAAAUGGCGAUGCGAGCCCCUUCUGGAGUCCUGCAGAGCCGUCCCGGAUGGAGAGCCAUGCUGCUCAGUUGAUAGCAACAUGGGAUGGCGUUACAACCUCAUCAUACUUGGCGUCGUGACUCUGGUCAUCUUCUUCCUCCGCUUCUUUGUCUUCACCUUCCACGAGUCGCCCAAGUUUCUGCUCGCCAGAGGUAGAGAAGCCGAAGCUAUCGAGGUUCUGCACAAGAUUGCCAAAUUCAACAGGGCGCCACCGCCAACUUUGACCGUCGAGCAUUUUGCUGCAAUCGAUGCUAUGGAUGGUGUUGUGCCGGAAGAUGUGCCUACCAACUUAACGCGAACAGAGAAGAACAAGCGGGUUGUCAAGGGCUUUGGAAAAGAACUUCGUCGCCUCAAGGGCAUCUUUACCAACAGGCUAUCUUGCUUUAUCUUUGUCCUGCUCGGCAUUGCGUACAUGGGAGACUACUGGUCCUUCAAUUUGGCGGGCAGUUUCUUGCCCAUCAUCUUGUUGCGCAACAACGUAAACGAUGGUCGCGGUACCGUCAUCGAAACCUACCAGCAGUACCUCAUCAUCUAUUCUCCUGGAAUUAUUGGCGCUGGGCUUGCUUUACUCUCUGUGCAGAUGCCGCUCCUGGGCAGGAAAUGGUCACUGGUUUUCUCUGCUAUCUGUCAAGGUCUGGCGAUGGCCAUGUACACGCAGGUUAAGAACACUGCUGGCUACGUUGGUCUCAAUGCACUUGAGUACAUCAUGCAAACUUACUUCAACGCUGUCCUCUAUGCCUCUGCGCCCGAGCUCUUCGACACUGAAUACCGCGGCAGUGUUAGUGGUAUGCUAUCCUGUUUGGGUCGUAUUGCAGGUAUUGUUGCGCCGUACGCAGGCGCACAAAUGCUGGCCAACGCUAGCUCUGGUAUUCUCUGGCUUGGAGCAGGUGGAAUCUGGCUUUCCGCUUUGGUAAUGGUGUUCUUGCCCGUUGAGAUGAGGAAUAGGCAGAUGUUCUAGACGCGUUUGCCUCAGAACUUGUGCAGCAACGUCCUUCUGGACAUAACACGCUUGGAGCAUCUGCUCAGCAUGAUCACCA